UUUGCACUUUUGUAGUCGCACCAUUGUUAGACAUUGUGCAGCUACUGAAACGCUUCUUCGGUAUUUCUCGGCCUCCUUUGGCCAGGCAUGGGAAGCUAAGAGUAAACAGUUUUUUUUUUCACUCUGAUAGUAUGUUAAAGUGCGUUACUUAGCAAUGCGAGUCCGGCUAUUUACUUUCGUCGCAUACUUCGCAUAUAUUCAACCAGAUGGGAAGGCAUAUGGCUGCCAUGUGAUGCCAAAAGAAGGCGAUGACUGUGAACCAGAUAUAACUAAAUGGUAUUACAACCAAGAAGAAUUAAAAUGUCAAAACUUUAUGUACGGAGAGUGCGAGUCACGGGGCAACACGUUUGAUUCGAAAAAACAGUGCGAAGACAGCUGUAAGGGCGCUGGAAAAAGACCACAGCGUCCAGCACCAAGACCGACGCCGCAGCCUCCUUGGGAAGCUCCUCCCAAGCAGCCACCUCAUAGACCAAGCCCUCCUAGAGAUCAUCCUCCUAGGCCACGUCCUCCCAAAAGACAUCCUCCAAGGCCACGGCCACCAAGGUCACGUCCUCCUGCAGCAAGACCUCCUCCGUGGGCUUCUCCUAAGCGACGUCCUACUUGGCCAGAUAUGCGCCCAAAACGCACUCGUCAGCCAGUAAAACAAGAAUCAGGCGAAGAAAGCGAAGAGAGAAAAAGGAAGCCUCCUAAACAGAAGAGACCCAAAAAUGCUGGACAUUGUGGUGCCAGGCCACGAAGAGGAGGGAACUGUGAUGACAGUUCCGAAAAAUGGUUUUUUAAUGCAGGUUUUUAUACAUGCAGCAGAGUUAAAGCUGAAAAAUGCCCAACGGUAGGCUCAUUCUUCGACAGCUGCGAAGAAUGUCAGCAAAAGUGCUUGAGACACAGAAAACAUUUGUGCGAUUUUCUUCACUAAAACGUCGGUGCCAGCAAAAAGAGAAAUGGACGUCAUAUUGUCUCUCCAAGAUGUUGAAGAAGAUAUGAAAAAUUGUUCAAGUUUUUUUUUGCAAAUUUCCAAGCAUAGAAUCUACACAC